AUGGUAAUAGACACUAUCAUUGAGCAGCCAACAGGACAUUUGAAUGAUUUUCAGGUUUACUCGUACACUAUUGCAGACUUUUUAUCAUUCCUUUCAGGAAUGAUCUUACUUUUUGCAUAUCUAAAAGUAAAAAAACUGAGAGAAAGGCCAGGAUUUUUGAUUUUAAUGCUCUGUGAGAGUUAUUCAAUCCAGUCAUUUUAUCAAGCAUACACAGGAUUCCAUUACGCACUUAUCCAGUAGUUUUUAUUUAGAGAGCCUCGUAAUUCUGAGACCUGUCUGAUGCAUGGUGCUUUGAAUACUUUCCUGAUGAUUGUCUCAUGAAACUUCGCUUUAUCUCUCUCAAUAGAAGUUUUAAUUCUAGCAUCCAAAAGAAUUAGAAGAGCAGACUACCAAUAUAGAAAUUUACCUUAAAUUGCUGCUUGACUUAAAGGGUAAUUUUAAAUUGACUUUCUAAGAAUUUGGAUUUCAAGCAGACUAAAUAGGGGCUAAAAUUAUACACUUAUUAUCAAAUUUUCGCUGUUCUCCCUACAACUGGGAUUAUUAUAGUAAUCGCAUGUCUUGAUGGCUUUGGGUUAUCCAUAAACAAUACAUGCUUACUCCUCUUUAUUAGCGAGGAUGAUUUUUUGCUUGCUAAUACUCCCCUCCGUGAGCGAUUAAAAAUAAUUUUUAUUCGUUAAAUGAGGGUUAUGGUUUUUAUUAAAAACUUAGACAGUGAAAUUUUUUUUUGAAUUGAAAAUAUUUCAAUUCGUAAAAUUGAGAAGUAAGAAUUAAUUUAAUUCGCAAAAUUUAUGUUUUUAAAAUAUAGGGCAAUUAAAUAAACAGAAAUUAGUUAGAGACUUCGUUAUAAUAAUAAUUAUUAUUUAUAUAUCAAUUUUUUUUAUAAAGGCUUUAGUCAAAAAUAAAAAUUUUUCCAAUGAUUUUUUCGGUCGCUUAGGGGAGUAAGAAAAGAGGUUAAUAUUUUAAAAAAAAACUGCACAAAUAUUUUAUGAAAUUACUUUUUCGUCGAAUUUUGAAUUUUGAAUUCCAAAUUUUUAAAUAUUUGAAAUAAAAAAUCUAAUUUAUUUAUAAUUAUGUAUUAGGAUAAAAUCAGCCUAGAAUUUAAUAUAAUUAUCUGGAGAUCUUAUUAUAACAGCAAUAAAAAUCAAAAUAUAAAGUAAAUUUAUAUUAACCAAAAUUUGCUCGCAAGCAAAAGAAAAUCAAAUUUUCAAGAAGUAGGAUAUUUCCAAUAGCUAAAAUUGGGGUGAAUUAGUAAAACAAGAAAGCUUUGCUAAUUUAGUUAUGUGAAUCUUUUAUCUCUAUUUGCCUGUCUAUUUGACAUCAAUUAUUAUAUGCUUUUACUCAUUCAGGAGGCAUAAAAAAAGAAUUCAAUCACUAACUCCUUGCACUAUUUUGACAGCAUUUACACUGUUAAAUCUCCCUUUCACACUUGAAUAUUUAAUAUGUUUUUAUCUAAACUCUCCUGCCUUGAGUGUGCUUGUUGAGUUUAUGAUAAUAUCAAAAAGCUUAACAGGGUUUAUCUUAUGUUUAUUACUGCUAACAGCGCCUGAAAUUAGAGAAAUAAUGAGAAAAGUUGAAAGCACAGCUGACUUAAUCGAACCUGUAAAUAUAAUAUAGCUAAUUGAAACAGAAAAUGCAGUCACUCAAUACCAAGAAGUUGAGCCUUACCCAGCUAAAAGAUUCAGCGACAAAGAAGUCCAAAACGAAAAACUGCAAAUAACUUUAUUAUGCCUUACUCAAAUAAUAGGAAAAAACCAAAUAAAUUUAAAUGAAUUGGAAAACCAAACAUUUCCAUGGGCUCAAGAAUUUUAUGGUGAAAUCAUUGAGCAUAAUAUAAUGGAAAAUGAUUUAUCAGUACGAUGUGAUAUUUCUCCUGAAAUCAAGAAAAAGUGUAAUCGCUAUUUAGUCCAACAUUUUAAUUGCAAAGUCAUUGAAUACGCCCCAACAAUUUUUUUCCACAUGCAAAGCAUUGAUGGGAUAUCUCAAAGUGAUAUCGUACAAUCUUUGCUUACAGGCCUUUCCGAAGACUCCCAAGAUUUAAGCCUUUCUGGCUAUCCAACUCGGUCCCUGCAUAGCUUUUCCUUUAACUCUAAAUUUUUAUUAAAAGAAAUAUCCCCAGAAGACAAAGAAAACUUAGUUUCAACGCUUCCUGCAGCUCAUACUUACAUUUCGCAAACCUCGCGAAACAAAUCUCUUCUGGUCAGAGUCCUUGGACUCUUCACAAUCAGCAUCAAAUCAAAGCCAAGCUACGAUAUUGUAAUAUUAGAAAACAUAAUUCCAAGUGAUAUCGACUCUUUUGCCUUAUUUGAAUUGAAAGGCACAAAGCUUGACAGACAGGUUUUAUCUGAUCCUUCAAGCUAUGACAUAAAGACUUGUCCUACUGAGUUUAUGCUCAAAGAUCUUGAUUUUUCUCAAAUCCAAAAAGCAAUUCAUUUAUCAUAUAUUGAUCAAAGCUGGGUAAGAAUGAUGGUCCAUGAUGACGUUGAAUUUUUAAGCAGUUUUGAGCUUGUUGAGUACUCUCUGUUUUUGGCUGUCGCCCAUUCCAUCAAUAGAGAAAAUCUGCAUCACCGGCAUAGUCGACAUGUAUUUGAUGGGAAUGGAAAAGAUGCAUCGAAAGUCUACAUUCUAGGUAUCAUGGAUACAUAUAGCGCGAUCAGAACUCGUCAUCAAAAAAGCCCACGAAUGAAUAAGUCUGCUGAGGAAUAUUCUGAAAGAUUUCUAUCAUUUUUCAAUAGCAUAUUAAAAUGUGACUCUCUAUAA